UUUCAACAAGUCACUGAAUAAAAUAAUAUCUUCCUUUCCAAAAUGGAAUCACUACCUUCAAUAGACUCUUCAGAGAAGAAGUUCUUAGACUUUUUGAUAAGAUUUGUGUGCUCAACUGCUCCAAAGCACUUGUUCACCAAUUUAGACAAAAUCUCCAAGCAUAUGCUUGACAAGAUGGAACCCCUCGAUGAUGAAAACCUGUAUAGGAAACAAUACGGAAACUUGAAAGAAUGCGUCCUCGCAGGAGAAGGAAUCAUGCAGGUCUUCAAGCUAGAUGGCACUAGCUUCAGACUUCAAAAACAUGACCAUCUGAUCGCCUGUAAUGAUGCAGGCUUGAUCUCAGACGAUGUCUGGGAAGAGUAUCUUGCCGCUUAUGAUAUUUAUAUGGACAACUUCUUGAAAAUCGUUAAAAGGACCAAGAACAAUAUCUGCAAAAAAUGAGAUAAAAGAUACCAUACCUCUGCAGGCAAGGAUUGCCCUGAAGGUGAUAACUGUGAACCCAGUUACGACUUUGAGCUUGAUGAAGAUGUACUUAAAUGCAAAAUUGAAUAAAAUUCAUUCGUGGAUAUCUUUCAAUUA